AUGGAGAAGCCUAGACAUCGGUGCAGCGUGUGCAACAAGACUUUAACUGAAAAGUCCAACCUGACGAGGCAUCUGAAGAUCCAUGCUGUUGCUAGGGAGACCUUUGACUGUGAUCACUGUUGUUGCCCCUACGUGGCUGAUACCAAGACAGCAGAGGCGGCUGCCAAGAGGUCCGGGGGUGAGCUGUGGAAAGGUCAACUGGUCAUCGUGUUCGGGAAGUACGCCGGUCAGACCUUCAGGUGGCUUCUAGAAAACGAUGUUGGCUGGCUGGUGUGGUUGCUGUUCCAGUACUGCCAGCAGGGAGAGCAGAACGAGCUGCUGAAGUGGCAGAAGGAGCGGCUGCUCGAGUACGCCAGAGAGUUCCCUCCUAAAGCGCUGUCAAAGAAAGAUCAGGCUCCUCCGACCGUCCCCAACCUCUCUCAGCAGGACCCUAACUACGCCAGCGAUGCCGAGUUGUUGGCUGCUGCAGAGAAUGUCCUGGACGGGUCCGAGGCGUCGGUCAGCAAGCAGCUGACCACCCAGGGAGACCUCGCCAGCUUUGUGUGCCAGGACAACAGGCCCGGACCCUCGUCCCUCCGAGAGACCUCGGAACCCAGUGGCGUCGUUCUGGAGGGCUGGCAGAAGUUCUGGGAGCAGCCGCCUGAAUCCGCCCAAGCCCUCGGUAUAGCCCCAGCGAACAUCAAGUGGCUGAAGACCAACGAGACCUACAGGCUGUUCAAGAGGGCGUCCAAGUACAAGAAUGUCAGGGGAGAGAUGGCCGAGAGGAAGCUCUUUAAGGAGAAGAUGGAGUUCCACCCGCCCCCACCUGCUAUGGCCGUCAAAGGAGCUGUGCCCAACAUGCUCUCCUUCACCACCCCUGCCUUCUUCUGGCGGCCGGUCGGCGUGAUGAAGGCAUUGAUCCGCUGCCCCAACACCAACUGCCCCGCACCGCCAGAGUAUUACCUGGAGAAGAGAGGGUCCAGCAGUUACGCCAGGCAAGUGUGCGGCAUGAACUUCCAUUACACCAUGCUGACCGAGAGGUUGAUGUGCAAACACUGUCUCAAGCUGAGGGAGGAGCCGAGCCAGGCGUACGCAGACAACAGCGACGACUACGACGGCGAGGAGGACGGCGCCCACCGUGCCCAGCAGCAGUACACCAGGCUGGCGUACAGUCCGAAAAUUCUGAUGAACCUCAGCAAGUGUGCUGUGGACAGGAGUGUGGUCACCCUGAUUCCCCGACUCAGCGCUGUCUCAAUGAGCAAGGUGCAGAGGCUGCUGCAGCAGGGCGACGAGUGGUACAUGGAGCGUCGGGACCUGUACCAGACUCUUAACAAUGUUUGGUACAUUGUCUGGGUCUGCGGUGUAUUCGCGGGUUUUGUCCUGCAAAAAUCUGCAGGUCCAAUCAGUGAAAAGAGGGAGUGGCUGAGAACGAUGACAUUGAGGUUGUGUGCUAGUUUGAAUGUGAACCGAGAUUAGCAUGCUAAAUGCAUUGAAAAUUAAUGAAUGCGCUAUCAAUCACCACUGUAAUGACCUGACGAUCCAUGGAAAUACUUUAAAAACGUUAUCAGACACUCUAGCUCACUUCUUAAGACCAUAGAGAUGGUGUUACAACAGUGUGGAGUUGAAAUUCGAUGUGUAAAUAUGCUUUAGAAGUGUAAACAUGUCAACCGCGAUUUGCAUGCCAAAAACAGACCGAUGAAUGAAUGGGCUGUUUUUGGUUACUGCUUU